GAGCAAUUUGAGAAUGUUUCACCUUAUUAAGAAAGAGAAGGAGAAGGACCUGGGCAAGAAAGAGAAGAAAGAAAAGAAAGAGCGUAUGUCCCAGGCCGAGUUGAAGAGCCUGGAAGAGAUGAGCAUUCGUAGAGGAUUCUUCCACCUCAACCGAGGGAGCACUAAGAGGGACUCCAAGGGCAGACUGGAGAUCUCUAGUCCUAUCCCAAUCAAGGUGGCUACCAACACGGAGCUCAGCCUGACAGACCUGGAGGUGGAGCGCCUUCGCAGCGCCCUGGGGCAGGACAUGGGGCAAAUGAGUCCCUCUGGUGAGGACGUGAAGUUCCAUUAUCUGGACCCUCAGCGCAGCUCUGUAAAAGAGAGAGCUGCGAAGUUUGGUGAACUUAAUUCUUCCGCCCAGAGGCACGUGUCUUUUUCCCAGCAGGAGGCUUCACAUUUGUAUCGGAAAAACUGGAGAAGAGCUUCUUUCAAGUACCGCUCCAAGCCAAACUUCCGUAAGGUCCACAUUCCUGAGAUGGUGGAGAAGACCUUCCCCGGUGCUGACCUACAGUUGCCCAUGCUUGUUGCUGCACCAAUACCAGAUCCAAGAGAGCUGGAGAUACAGCGGCGCAACACUGGGGAUUUUGGAUUCUCUUUGCGGAGAACCACCAUGCUAGAGAGGCAGCCUGACGGAGGGGUGUGUCGGCGCGUGGUGCACUUUGCCGAACCAGGUGCCGGGACAAAGGACCGGGCUCUAGGUCUGGUUCCAGGAGACAGGCUUGUGGAAAUAAAUGGGAUCAAUGUGGAGAACAAGAGCAGGGAUGAGAUUGUGGAGAUGAUCCGUCACUCCGGAGAGUCGGUCCGGCUCAAGGUUCAGCCCAUUUUGGAGCUGAGUGAGUUGAACCGCAGCUGGCUGAGGACCACUGAAGGCCUUCACAAAGAUCUUCCAGAG